CUCUAUAUAUACUAGGUCACCGUGACGUUGCAUUGGACCAUAAAAGUGUCAGUUCCUUCCCAUCUCGGCGUCAAUCCUUCGCACUUAUCAACAUACAACACACAACAUGGCUACCGGUAUCGCCCUCGUAGGAAGUGGUAUCUUCGCCAAAGAGGAGCACCUUCCCGCCAUUCUCGCAACACCGCUCCUCAACCUGAAAGCAGUCUACUCGCGCUCUUUGUCUUCCGCGAAAGCCUUGUCGGAGCACCUCUCGGACGUGGAUCUGUAUAGCGAAGACUCCGAAGGGGCGACAUACGACGACCUUUUAAAGCGCUCUGACGUCAAGGCUGUGAUCAUCGCCCUCCCUAUCCUCGUGCAACCAGAAUACAUCAAGCGCGCACUCUCAGCAGGCAAACAUGUGUUGGCUGAGAAGCCCAUCGCGAAAGAUGUGGCCACCGCCACGGAGCUGAUAACCUGGACUUCCGACCCCGCUAACACGAACGCAACCUACUCCGUUGCCGAAAACUUCCGGUAUUUGGAGUCUUUCCUGUACGCGUCCGAGCAGCUCAAGUCGCUCGGCCGCAUCCUGACCUUCCGGUCACGAGUUUCCGCCUUCGUACAGACCGGCGGCAAGUACUACGAGACCUCGUGGCGCAAGACUCCGGAGUAUCAGGGUGGCUUUCUGCUCGAUGGCGGUGUUCACUUCGUAGCGGCGACACGACUAUUGCUGGAAGGCGGCGGCGAGAAGGUGCAGAAGGCCAGCGCGUUCACUGCACAGCUGCAGCCGCAUCUCCCACCUAUCGACACUCUACACGCCACAUUGCAACUGGGUUCGGGCGCCUCGGGCACAUUCUCAGUUUCCUUCGGUACGACCGAUACUGGGAGCGAGUACUUCGUUGCCGCGGAGAAGGGCACGGUGACUGUAUUAAGGGGCAAGGUCAUCGUGACCCAGGACGGGAAGAGCGAAGAGAAGGUGUUUCCCGACGAGGGUAACGGCGUGAAGCAGGAGGUCAAGGCAUGGGCUGAAGGGCUAGCACAGGGCAAGCCGAAUGCGCGACAGAGUGCUGAAGAGGCGCUGGAGGAUCUGAAGUUUUUGGAGGCGGCGCUGCAGAGUGGCGAGAAGGGCGGACAGCCGGUUGAGAUCUAGAGCCAUGCCCACAGUCAGAGCACGAUGUUUUCCAAGUGCGUAAGAGAGAUCAGUGUAACACUGUUAAAAAAAGCGCCGUCUCUGGUCUUCGUUACAUACAGGCUCUCACGACAGGAGUCAAUGAAUUAGAGCAUUGCAGUACCGGCGGCCCCGACUACUGAAUAAGACAUGGAUUCCAUGUUGUUACACUCCGGCGACGCCGUCGGCGGACUUGCCGUCGGCAUACCAUGCCGCGCCGAUUUUGCGGCAUCUUACUUCACCACACCACACCGCAGCGCACGCGACAUGCCGAGAUGAGACAAAAAAAAGGUGGCCUGAGAUUAAUCAUGGGAGCGCAGGAUUCGUUGAUGUGUGUGCCCUGCAAGGUGAGAACUUGAAGCAAGACUAGGCAUUCCAGACACAGUGGCCGCUGACGGCACGGUGAAGCACCGGGUCCUUCUAUGCCCUGACGUCGCUGAGCUGAAUAAUCGUGGGUGGGACUGUAGGGUAUGAAAGAUAAA